AUGACAAAUAACAAUUCAUAUACCAAUACAGAACACUCUACAUGGAAUCCAAUGAUCCAUAUUGAUAAAUAUCGUAUUAUUGAUGAUCAACAAAUUCCAGAUUAUGAAAAUAUAUUCAUGGCAGCUUAUUUAAUUGGACAAGAAAAUUAUUCCAAUAAAUUAUCAUCUCAAUCAAACUAUGAAUUAUUAGAUACUACUAAUGAUAAUACUAGUAAUAAUAAGGAUUCCUCUAAUGUGGAUACACUAAUUGGACAAUUUCAAUCCAAGUCUAAUAAUACUAAUGCCAAUAAUAAUAAUGAUAAUAGUGAUCAUCAUCAAUUAAUCAAUAAUAGUCAUUUGACCUUAGAAACUAUUUGGGAACGAUAUUUAUUACUUAAUAAUAUCCGUAAACGUUUAUUCUAUAAAAAACAAAAUAUGAUCAAUCAAUAUAAUAAUUUCAAUGAAUCAAAAUUAAUUUUAUAUCCAACAAAUAAAAUCAAUAAUAAUGAUCAUAAUAAUGAAACAUGGAAAAUUGAUUCAUUAAAGAAAUCUAAACAAUCAGAACUGAUAUUUAAUGAAAUAUCAUUGGAUAGAUAUACACAGAAAUGUGUUGAAGGUUUAAAACGUCUUGAAUUAAAAUGUGAAAAACUUGAUUAUAUGAUGAAAUCAAUGAAAGAUACUCUUACCUUACAAAUGAAUGCUUAUCAGAACCAUAAAAAAAAACUUGACAUUGAAAUUAUGAAAAAGUGUAAAAAUCUUCCAGUGAAGGAGUUUAGAGAUAUUUCAAAAGAAAAUACAUUAUCUUCGGAUAUAGCAAAGCAGUUCACAAAUUCAUUGAAAACAAUCAUCGGACGUAAACGAUAUUUUCAAAUUAUUAAAACUUCUCAUUUGGAGAAUCUUUACAAUCAAAUGAAUGUAAGCCAAUGUUUAGCUCAAACUACUUUCAAACAAUGGAAGAAGCUUAAAGAAGAAAAACAUAAAAUAGAACUACAUUCAGAAUGUAUUCGUUUAAAUAAAGCUAAUAAAAUGCAUCAUAACUUAUGGAAAUAUGAUAUACCUGAUAUAUUGAAGAGAAUUGAACUUGACGUAAAUGACUUUGAGAAUGCUAUGAAAAAUAUUGAUAAAAGAUUAAAAAUUGAUAGUGGAAAUGUCAAAAUAAGAGAUAUUUUAGAAAUAUUUACCGGUUGGUAUUUAGAUAUCAAUUUAUUUAUUGUAUUGGCUGCUUUAGCUGAAAGAUUUGACGGUUUAGAAUCCAUUCUUCGCAAUAAUGUGCAUAAAAUUGGUACACAGUCAUUGUGUUUGAAAAUAAGGAAAGCAAGAGAAUUAUUCAUAUUAAUCGGUGGAUCAGACAGAAAACAAUAUUUUCAACUAUGUUAUAUUUUUCAACCAAUUAUCAAACUAAACAGUGAUAGAGUAACCAAUGAUACAACCAUAAUUAAUAGGGAUCUAUCUUCAAUGGAUUCUUAUCAUAAACCAUUUGGACAUAUUGAAAUGAAAGAUUUAAUGGUCUUCUUUCAUGCUGCUAAUCUAUCACAAGUCCAUGUACAACAAUUAAUUACAUAUUUAGAUAAUAAAAACAAUGGUACCAUUGAUUUUGUUACAUUUUUAGAAUAUCUUCCUUUAUUUGUUGAAUCACAUCAACAUAUUAUAUAUAAUCCAUAUUUAAAUAAUAAAAAUAUAUUCAAUACAUAA